AUGAGCUCUCAGUUAUCUCUCAGACAUUCCAAAGGUAUAGGUAAUACUGAGGAACCUUCGGAAGAAGUCGGUCGGGGUUUGGCGGCUUCUGCUCUUGGCUCCUUGUUGUUUGUUUGUUUGGCUGUUUCGUUCGUGUUUUGGAAGGACGGCAGAAGGUCCGGGUGGAGGAAAGGGAUUAACCCACCCUGUAAACAUGCUGACCUGAAGAGCAAUCCUCCAGGAACACAGCCUGUGGAACCACUCAGCCUCCCCUUGCCCAGCCAGGAGCAUCCUACCCAAGAUGGGGACCUGCUGCCCAGCACCAUGAGGACAAGCCGCUGCAGUCACCUGCCAGGAGUGCCACCGGAGCACCCACCAGCUCCUGAGGGCAAGGCCCUGCCUGGUGGCAGCGGUCCCCCAGCCAGCAGCUGCCCUCAGUAUGUCAUGCAAGUGUCAUCUAAAGACGGGCAGCUGCUCUCCUCUGUUGUGAGGACGCUUGUGACACAGAGCAGCCCCUUCAAUGACCGGCCAAUCUGCAGGAUCUGCCACGAGGGCAGAAGCCAUGAGGACCUGCUGUCCCCCUGCGAAUGUACAGGGACCCUGGGGACCAUUCACCGCAGCUGCCUGGAGCACUGGCUGUCCUUUUCAAACACCAGCUACUGUGAACUCUGCCACUUCAGGUUUGCAGUGGAGCGCAAACCCAGGCCGUUGUUGGAGUGGCUGAGGAACCCAGGCCCCCAGCACGAGAGGAGGACUCUCUUUGGAGACAUGGUGUGUUUCUUGUUUAUCACCCCGCUGGCGACCAUCUCUGGCUGGUUGUGUCUGCGAGGAGCAGUGGACCAUCUGCACUUUAGUAGUAGGCUAGAAGCUGUUGGACUCAUUGCACUCACUGUGGCACUCUUCACUAUUUACCUCUUUUGGACCCUAGUGUCCUUCAGGUAUCACUGCAAGCUCUACAACGAAUGGCGUCAAACCAAUCAGAGGGUGAUUCUGCUCACCCCAAAGUCUGCUCACAUCCUCCACAACCAGCAGUCCCUGCUGGGCCUACAGUCCCUCAAAAGGAACUCAAAAGAGACAAUUGUUUGAUUUCAUCAGGUCUGCACAGGGGCCAAGCACUAAGAAUAUUUUCCUUAAACUCAGACAUUGCCCAGAGCCCAGGAGUGUGUUAUUCCCAUUAACAAACUCUCUGCAAAGAACUGAACCACUGUUUCAAUCCAAAUCAUGGAUGCUGCAUUUGUAUGCUACCAAACUUGUUUAUUUAGCAGGUAGUGUAUGAAUUCUACAGACUUGUGUUAAAUUUUGCAGCAUCGAGUGAUGCAAACUUCUUUUAUUGUUUAAAGUAUUAAACUGUGGUAAUAACAAUGCAAACCUGGUUUUAAAAGUGCUUUGUUUUUAUAAUUUCAUGUUCCUGCAGUAUUAUUUCUUUAGGCAGCUAGACAGUAACCAAUAUUGCAUUCUCUUUCCAAAAGCACAGCAACAGCAUUCCCUCACUUGAUUUUAUCUGCAGGUCUAUUAUACCCAUAUUUGGAUUAUUAAAGUUUGUCUGUAAUGAGUUCUACAAAUUGACAUAUUAUUUAAAUGCUAUAAAGUGAUUAGAAAAAUA